AUGUCAGGCCAACUUCCGACCGACCAUCACAAACCAGAGAAGCCAUCAAUAACUCCUCAGGAACUCAAGACCGAGGCCAUCCGUGUGGACCUCAAACGAAUGGCUACAGAUCUCACCUAUGGAAAACAGCUGUCCCAAGGAAAGGGCUUCCGCAUCUACGACGACUCCUUUUCCAAACUUCUCGGUUCCAACCCUAGCAUCACUCAAGUUCAGAGCCGAGACUAUCAAUUCGCACAUGAAGCAGGCGUGUACAUCAAGUCCACCAAUCGUGUCUACUUUACCGCCAACUUCCAGACCUGCGAUCCAAUCGCAUUAUACUCUGUAGACACUUCUACUCUCAAAGUCGCAGACGAUGACUUUAAAGGUGUAGCCCAAGCCAAUGGUGCCUGUAACUACAAAGACAAGAUUCUAUACUGCUGUCAAGGCGACAUGACAAACCCUUCCGCCCUCGUCCUUGUAGACCCCACCUGUGGAACUUCGGAACCCCUAAUCAACAACUUCCAAGGCCGCCCCUUCAACAGCGUCAACGACGUAGUAAUCCACCACGCCAACGACGAAAUCUGGUUCACAGACCCUACCUACGGCUACGAACAAGCCUUCCGACCCUCCCCCGACCUGCCUUCCCAAAUCUACCGCUUCAAUCCCUCUACAGGCCAGAUCUGGUGUGUAGCCGAUGGGUUUGUGCAGUGCAAUGGCCUCUGCUUCUCCCCCGACUACAAGAAAAUGUACGUCACAGACACUGGCGCCUGUCAAGCCCAUACCGGUCCCAAAGACGGGCAUAACUUUUCCAUGAAUCCGCGUUUGCCAGCUACAAUCUAUGCCUACGAUGUCAUUGCCAAUGGCACUGCACUCGCCAAUCGCCAAACCUUUGCUUUUUGUGAUAACGGUGUUCCUGAUGGGAUUAAAUGUGAUGAAGAGGGUAAUGUGUAUUCAGGGUGUGGGGAUGGUGUGCAUGUGUGGGAUAAACAGGGUACUUUGAUUGGCAAAGUUGUUACUGGGGGUUGUGUGGCUAAUUUCUGUUUUUCGAAGGAGGGGAUGUGGAUGUUUGGGGAGGAGGAGUUGUACCUUUGUAAAUUGGGUGCUAGAGGAGCUCUUGUUAGUGUGGAGUGUGAAUAG